CACUUCAAUAAAAUCUGCCAAAAUCCAAGUGAAUGGAGUCCAGCUGCACUACCAGCAGACAGGAGAAGGAAGCCACGCGGUUCUCCUGCUUCCCGGGAUGCUAGGGAGCGGCCAGACCGACUUUGGACCACAGCUGAAGUCCCUGAACAAGCAGCUCUUCACAGUUGUUGCCUGGGAUCCUCGGGGAUAUGGACAGUCCAUCCCUCCACCUCGAGACUUUCCUCCAGACUUCUUUGAGAGGGAUGCAAAAGAUGCUGUGGAUCUUAUGCAGGCCCUGCAGCUGCAGCAGUUCUCCCUGCUGGGGUGGAGCGACGGCGGGAUCACCGCGCUCAUCGCGGCCGCCAGGUACCCGGCGCUCGUCCGCAGGCUGGUGGUGUGGGGAGCCAACGCCAGCGUCACCCAGGAGGAUGUGAGGAUCUACCAGGGCAUCCGAGAUGUUUCAAAAUGGAGUGAAAAGGUCAAGAAACCCCUGGAAGAGCUGUAUGGGUACACGUACCUUGCAAAAACCUGUGAGGCCUGGGUGGAUGGAAUAUCACGCUUUGCUGAAAACCCAGAUGGUAAUAUCUGCCAACAGUUGCUGCCAGAUAUUAAAUGCCCCACAUUGAUAAUCCAUGGUCAGAAAGACCCCUUGGUUCCCCAGGCACAUGCAGAAUACAUUCACAGGCACAUCAAAGGCUCCCGGUUGCUCCUGAUGCCAGAAGGAAAGCAUAACCUACACCUGCGUUUUGCAGAGGACUUCAACAGACAAGUGGAAGAUUUCCUGCAAUGA